CACACUGGGGAUGAGUGCCUCGGCACUGCCAUGGGAGCCUCUCAGCUCUAGGGGGCAAGACCUGAUCCUCCAGCCCCAGUCCUGAAGCCCUUCCAAGGAAAGGAAAGCCCCUCUCCCCUCCCUCCCUCCCAAUCCCAACCCAACUCUCCCCAGGCAAUGGACAAACCUGUCAAGGGCAUCCUGAAGAAGACCAGUAGCUCCAACCUAGUGAGGAGCAGAAGGCAUUCAGAGGAGGACAGUCAAAAGAAAUCCCAGACCUGGGACGAGAUGAACAUCAUCGCCACCUACAAGCCUGCAGGAAAGGACUAUGGGCUCAUGGCCAUCAAUGAAGCCAAAACUCCUUUCAGAUACAACCCCGACGAUGAGGCAGGAAGCAGCUCGGGACCCAGUUUCUCCAUAGAAGAACUGAGAGCAAGGAUGGGAGCUCUGACCACAAGAAACAAAGGCAAACAAGAGAAAACACGAAUGAGAAUCGCGGACGUUGUUGACGAUGAUAUUCCCCUGGUCGAGAGAGAAAGGAAACGGCAGUUUGAGCUCAGACGGAAGCAGAUUUACGAUGAGGGGCAGAACAUAAAGCGAGCACGGGAACUGAUAGCUCGCGAGGAGCUGGAAGACCACGAUGAUUCAGACUCUGUUCACGAUGAGGGGUAUAAGUACAGGGAACUGGAUGACCAUCAGACACUCCCAGAACCCUUCCAAGAUCCCAGCCCAAACGAGGGGAGGCAGCAAUUUCUAGGCUCCCAAGAUUUGCAUUUGCUAGCACCCACACAAAGUAACUGUGUCCUGCAGUGGUUAAAUAGCUGCUUUAUGUAAUGCCUUGCUAAGACAUUGUGUCCCAUAAAUUUGUCUGCCUGGUUGACAAAAGACUGCCAUUUAUAAAUGUUUUACUGAUAUUUAAGGACUUUGUAAAUACUGUGAGUUUCUGGAAUGGUGCGUUUUAUCAAUAGCA